AUUACAUUCAUACAUCAGUAUGGUUACCAUUACUUACCAGGGGAAUGAUGAGAUUCCUAUACAUUUCACCUGUAUCGUUUCGGUUCAGGAUGCAGAAAGAGAAGCUGUGAUCUGUAAACGCCUUAGGAAGGCAUUGCCAGCACACGCAUCCCGUGGUAGACACGUAGAUAUAUAUUCAGGAUUGACUGUGAAUAAACCGAACAGCUUCAUAACUGCAACAAAAGCCAAAGAUUCUCGCGAAGAAGACUUUGAAACCAACCCUGGAUUACAGGAUGUUUUUUUACCUGGAGAAAAAACAUCCAAAAGGGAUGACGGCGCGACCGCAAGUGAUGGUUCGCAAGAUCCAAAUAUCGCCGCUCAUGCUCACGCGCGUGGUCGCGAGGUUUUUGGGUUUCAAGCACAACGCAAAUAUGCAGGUCUUAAAGCUUUGAUCGAGCAACAGCAGCAUCACCACCAAGGUCAAAGCUCCUUGUCCACAUCUCAGAAACAGCAGCAGUUCAGCGGAUCUGGGUUGGAAAUAAGCUCGGGAACGCGCGAUAGUAUUGUAGCUAAAAGAUCAUUAGCUGAUCGAGAAGCCAAGAGAAGACGCUAUACACAGACGAUAUCAAGAAUGAACCAGGCAAGCUCAGGAGAGGACGAAGACGAGAACAUGGAUGAUGACGAUGACGAUGGACAAGAAAGUGAGGACAAUUCAGACAUUGAAAGCGAAUCUGAUAACGAGAAGAAGAGGCAGGAUAGCUUUAGAGAUACCAUAGUUCAUGAUGCGAAUGAGCCACAAAAGUCGUUCUUCGAGGAAGAUGAAAUGGGUGCGGAGCGAUAUUUCCAGGAUUUAUAUCAAAAAUCAAGGACAUCCAAUAACACCCUAUCAAAGUUACCAACUCUGGAGCACACUGAUUUUAUCCAAGCCAUGAAGCAAGCCCCUGUUAAGCAUGCAGCAGAGAUGGAAAUGUUGAAUCUUCUAUAUGAGGAACAAUUUUCCCAGUGGUACUUCGAGCUCGUCUCUGGAUUCAAUUUGUUAAUGUAUGGCUAUGGUUCCAAGCGUCUGCUACUCACAAAGUUCGCCAUGAUAACGCUUACGGAUGCACCCUUGAUUAUUGUUAACGGAUAUUUUCCGACAGUGACGGUCAAGGAGGUACUCGACAAGAUUAGCUCAGGGGCCCUAGGGCACAGCAAACCCACAGGGACAUUACAGGAACAAAUUGCGCUUAUACAAGCCUACUUUUCGCAACCUGAUCGCGCAAUUCAAAAGAUAUAUUUACUCAUCCAUAAUAUUGAUGGAGCAAGUCUACGUUCAGAAAAAUCUCAGUCCGCACUUAGUCUUUUGGCUUCAUGUCCUCAAAUCCAUCUUAUAGCCUCCAUAGAUCAUAUCAAUGCCAACAUCCUCUGGGAUACAGUCAAAGCUGCACGAUUCCGUUGGGUCUGGCAUGAGCUCACGACGUUUAAGCCUUAUUUGACAGAAACAAGCUUUGAAAACUCUAUUAUGGUCCGUCAGGGUGAGCUCGGGCCGAGAGGUAUCCAGUUUGUGUUGGCGAGUUUGACGUCAAACGGCAGGGGUCUGUUCAAGAUUCUUGCAGAGCAUCAGAUUCAAGCGGAGCAAGAGAUAACCGCUGAAUCUGGCUCCGGCACAGUAACCAAAAAUCAGCUAGACUUGGGUAUGCCCUACAACACGUUGUUCAAGAAAUGUCAGGAGAACUUCCUUGUCAGCAAUGCUUUGACAUUCCGAACACAGCUGACUGAGUUUAGAGACCACCGAAUCGUGCAAUCCAAGAAAGGACCCGACGGGGUGGAGAUUUUGUAUAUUCCUCUUUCAGCAAGUAUUCUCGAAGGCAUUAUUGAGAAGAUGAACUAAUGAAAAAAGAGGAAAAAAAAUGUUACUGAGAUGUUAGGCAAUUGUUAUGGAACGAUCUCAAUUACCGCAUUUUCUAGAUUUAUAAACCGGACGAUGCGGCGGCCUAGGGGAUCUGUCCUUAUUCAUGCCAGGUGCAUACAGCGGUAGCUGAAGCUCUUUGGAUCAUAAUUAUAUAAUCAUAAAAUGGCAUGAGCCAAACAUUGGAGAAACUGAAAAUACUAGUCAAAUGCUAUACCGUCG